AUGAGCGUCAUUCAUUCUGACCACCUCAUCAUUGGUGUGGAGCAUAAGGGAUGUUAUUUGAUUACGCCUCAUCUUACCUUCUCUCAGUCAAACUCCGAAUCGGUUCACAUCACCCUUCUCUUCAUCAUCACGGCAUCAUUAUUCUGGCUCUUUGACGCUUCGGCCGAACUGGAUAUAUGCUAUCGGUUAUCCAAAGCCAUGGUUAUCAAUUGCAUUCUUUUGGCUUGUUGGGGAGAGAAAGAGGCUCUCAAGAUUGCAUUCGAUCUCACUAUAUGUGUGAAUGCCAAUACACUGGCGCAGAGCCAUCAGUACGCGUGUGCUGCAUUAGCGCCUUCCCUUGGCCGCUCGUUUUUUCUCAUCUUCUGGGCUGAAGUGCCGGAAUUGAAAUGGUCCGAGCGAGAUAAAAAGAGAGAGAGAGGUCAAGAAGAUAUCAUGGAUCUGCAAUCGUGUGGUGAUGUGCUGGAACGCAAACCAGAAUAA